AGCAAAUUUCAUCGUUGAACUCGUUAGGCCGUUACUUAUUACCGUUGCCUAUAGAUGUAUUUUCAUUUGCUGGAUGAUUCGAAGAACAGUUACAAUUAUCACUGACUUUUAGUACAUAAAACACUGGAAGUUAGCACAAUUAUCAUCUAGCUUUGUUUUUCUCUGAUGAAAUAAAUAGACCAGAUGCUUCUUUAUUGAAGACAGAUACACAAUUUCAAAAUGAAUUAUCCAUUUCUUGCAUAAAGACAUAUGUAAAUUAUAUUUAUUCAGAGGUUCAAACCUUAAAAUUACGAACGUGUACAUUAUUCUUGAUAAAUGUGACCAAUAAAUACUAAGAGUUCAAGUUAUCAGUAAUAAUGAAAGUCACCGUGUGCUUUGAUGAUGUUAAAGUUGUUGUCCCUUGUGGAAACGGAAGCAUUCUGAUUCGGGAGCUAGCUGAAAUGGCUCUUUUAAGGUUCCAGAAAUCUACUUCCUCCUUGCUGCAUACAAAAUGUUGCAUAGAUCAAAAUGUCACAUCAUGUACAGGGAGCCAAACCAAGUCACCGGAAAAACGAGAGCAAGAAAAUUACAAUAUAGAUCAACAUCAUCAACAACAACACAGUCAAAUAAUAUCGAAAGAAUUAGAUCAGUCAGACAAUGAUUCUCAUUUGAAAACAGAUAAUCAAAAAAAAGUAUUAUGGAAACUGAAUAUUGAUAGUGAUUAUGAAGUAGAUUCGUUAACGUUAGCUCGUGAUGGUGGUAUACUGGAUUGGGAUGAUCGUGUUGUUGAUGUGUUAGAUGAUCGAGAACUGUUAAUUGUUAAUUUUCGCAAGAAAACUUCAUUAGCAUCAUCAUCAGUUGCACCAAUAACGGUAACAAUACAAAAUGAAUUACAAGAUUCAAGUUAUAAUCAUCAAAAAAAUUUACAAAAUGAUUUUUCUAUUAGUAACAUUAAUGAUUCUUCAUUAAAUACAAUUGGUUUAAAUCAAGUCCGAUUUAAUUAUCCUUUUAGUAAUGAUAAAUUUGAAAAGAAUCAAAUGAUUUCAUCUUCUAUGAAUAAACACAUUACAACAAUACCUAUUUGCUCUUCUUUAUGUAAUCAAACUUCAUUAAAUAUAUCAUCGUCGACUUCAUCAUCAUCAUCAGCAUCAUCAUCAUCUCCAUCUUUAACUUCUUGUUCACCUUCAAUGACUGGUAGAAUUAUAUGCGAUACAGGCGUAACAUACGUUCAGUUACCAUAUUCACAACGUCAGGAACAACAAACAUUUCCAAUACUUUCUUCAAUAUCAUCAAUAGAAACAUCAUUAUCAUCAUAUUCACAACCACCUAAACCUCCACAUCGUCAUCCUAUAUUAUCUGCAUUAUCAGAAAGAAUAUGUUCAGAAGGAGAAUCAUGUGAUUGUUUUUUACUAAGAAAAAAUGAUCUGAACAAUAAACAAGCAAUUCUGACUAAAGAUAAUGAAUUUAAAAUGAAUCAAACAAAUCAAUAUCAAAAUAUUCAGCCUACAGUUCAUUGUCCACAUAGUGCACAUCCUGUUACAACACUAAUUGGUGGAUUAGAAUAUGAAUUAUAUACUACACAAACACCAGCUGGAUUUAGACCACCUACAAAUACAUCGUCUAUAAUUACUAAACCAACAUUUAAUACUAAACAAACAUCUGUAUCUAUAACAUCUCCAUUAAUUCAUCGAUUGAAUAGACCUGCUCCUGUUGCUCCUCCACCUCUCCAUCAUCAACAUCAACAUCAUCAUCAUUAUGAUACUUCUUUAUUAAAAACAUCACUUUCAUUACCUCCAUUAGCUCAACCAUGUAGUGUGAAUGCAACAGAAAAUAAGAAUCGAUCAUCAUUGGUUACAAAUAAUUUACAACAAAUGAAUUUAUCAAAAAUGAAAACGGUCACAGAUAAUAAUAAUGUUCAUGAUGAAAAUUACAAUGAAAAUAACAUGAAUUUAAAUCAAAAUAAAUAUCAACUUUAUGAACAGAUUCAUGAUAAUCAAUAUGAAAGAAAUGUAACUAUUUAUCAUGAUAUUCCUUCAAAUGUUUCAAACCUACCUGGAAGUUAUUUACCUCAAUCAGUUAUAGAUCGGAAUGAAUAUGUUAAUAUUCCUCAAUCAAAAUAUAAUAAUGAUCAAAUUUCAUCUAAUAUUAAUCAAUUAUCAUUGACAACAAAUUCAUUUCCUACUUGUAUGUUACUUCCAUCAUCUAUAUCAUCAUUAAAUGAUUAUUUAUUAUCAAUCCCUCAUUCAUCAUCAUCAUCAUCAUCAUCAUCAUCAUCAUUAUUAUUAUCAUCAACUAUGCUGAAUAAAACAGAUAUUAGUAUUAUAACUAAUAUUAAUAAUAAUGAUUUAUUAAUGGAUACAUCAUUUUUAUCAACAGUACCUGAAGAAGAUAUUGAUAUAGGAGAUUUAACUAGUUCUAAUAAAACAACACCACAACAAAGUCCAUGUAAAAAAGUUUAUUUUAUGAAACAAAUCAAUCAUAAUUUAUUGGAAUCAAUUCAAAAUCAUAAUCAUAAUCAUUAUCAUAAUCAUAGUACUUUUAAUGAUAUACAUGAUAUUAUCGAUUAUAGUUCAUCAAAAUCUUUAUCACCAGUCACUAUACUACACACUGCACAAUCACUUAAUAAUAAAGAUCCUGAAUUGUACAGUAAUUCAUCUAGUCAAAUAUGCUCUGAUGAAAAUGUUGAAUUACAACCAUUAUCACCAUCAUCAUCAUCAUCACCACCACCGCCACCAGUAUUAUCGAAACUAUCUCUAAAUUCUCCAUCUCAGUCUCAAGAAAUUUCAGAUAGUUAUUGUGCUCGUCCUAAUAGAAAACAAAAACGUUAUCGAAAUUCCAAAGCACCAGCACCCCCUACACCAACAACAAUAAUGACAACUGUAACAAAUUCACCUUCUACUAUUUCAUCACCUCUUAGUUCGUCAAUAAAUCAAUCAAUGAUAGAACCACCACCUCCACCCCGUCGAUCAAUGCAAAAUAAUCGUGAUACACCUCAUACUAGUGAUUCAGAUAUAGACGACAGAGAUUAUAAGAAUUUAAUGAAAUCUCGACAAAUUCACCAAGUUUCAGAUAAAUCAUCAUCAAGUCCUAAUUCCAAGAAUAAAGUAAAAGAAGGAGAAGAAGAAGAAGUAAAAGAUGAUAAUUCAAAUUAUGCUUCCAGAUUGAAUCAUUCAUGUCAGCAUACAAGACAACAACAUACAAUAAUCAAUAAUGAUAAAUAUCAUCCAAAUAAUUUGAAUCAAUUAAUUACAUCCAUAGAAACAACCAUAGAUACUGUGAAUGUUGAACAAAAUCCAAAUAUCAAUUGUAUAUGUUCAUAUUAUAAUGAUAUAAAACAGAAUAAUCAAUUCAUUCAAUCAGAUUUAAAUAAAUUAAUCAUACGUAAACCAACUCCACCGAAACGAUCACCUAAAACUAUUUUAACCAGCCUUAAUACAUCUCCUAAAUCAGAAGAAGGUGAAAAUCAUAAUGUCCAAAUGAACUCAGUUCAAAGUUCCAAUCAAUUAACAAAUGUUAUGGAACCCAUAAACGGUGAAUCCGGAGUAAUCUGUGACCAUAAAAUUGAUGAUAUCUGUUACGGUGAAGAUUCCAAGGAACAAACACACGCUACUAUGACUACUACCAGAAAUGGUAGUCAUAGUAGUCAUGAAGGAAGUGAACGAAAUGAAGAGAAGCAAUAUCCUAUGUAUGAUAACAAUAAUAAUAGUAAUGAUAAAAAACAAUCCGAUUUAAUUAUACCAGAUAACAUUGAUCAAAAUAAUGAGGCGAUUGAGUGUUGUGUAUGCAAUUCAUUGCAUCAAAUAGAUGCUGAAGCUGAAAUUCUUCAUAUGACUGAAUUAUUAUCGAAACGUCGUGAAUCUGAAGCUAGACGUCAAUUAUUAUUAGCUGAAAUGGAGGCUGGAAUAGAACGAGAUGAUCGUUUAAGAGUCGCUGCAAAUGCUAUGGCAUUGGCGGUGACGCCAAUGACAAGUGAUAUUACAUGUAAUAUGGAUAAAUCAGGAUUAUGUAAUGUAUCAAAUUGUAUACACUAUAAUUAUUGUUUACGUCAUCAUCAUCAUCAUCAUGAUCAUCAAGAACAAAUUCAUUCUAAUAAAGUUUAUGAUGUACAACAGCAUAUUGCAGGAAAUCCACCACAUUUACAUUCUAUAGAUCACAGAAAUAUGGAUAAUGAAUUGGUACCACCUAUAACAUGUUGUUGUACAUCGGAUUGUAUCAGAGAAGAAGAUAUAUUGAUUACAUUACGAAAAUCUUCAUUUGGUUUAGGUUUUAGUUUAACAACAAAACUUAUUCAUCCUAAAUCAACAUCAAAUUCAUCAAUUAAUGAAUCAUUAUUUGCUGUAUAUGUGAAAAAUAUUUUACCUGAUGGUUCAGCUAUAAAAGAUGGACAAUUACGUGUUGGUGAUCGACUUAUACAAAUUGAUAAUUUAAAUGUAAUUGAUAAAUCACAAGCUCAAAUUGUUGCUAUCUUACGAAUUAAACCAGUUGGUAGUAUAGUGAAUUUAUUAGUACGUCGUCAAGUACAUUUAUGUCAAUUAAAUACAAUUGAUUGUUUAACAUGUAAUUAUUUAUUAAAUAAACAAAUAAAUCCAAUAAUAAAUAAUUUAAAAUAUUGUAAUUUAUUAUUACCAUAUGAGAAAUUAUCAACAAAUUAUAAUUUAUUUGAUAUACGUAAAUGUUCAUCACCACCAUUACAAAUGACAUUCUAUUAUGAUGAAUUAACCAAUUCAGAACGUGUUUUUCAUUCAAAUUAUCCACUUUAUCCAGAUGUGAUACUACUUCGUUUACAUAUCCCACUUAUUCCUAUCAAUGAAGAGAAUAUAGAUCAUCUUAAAAAUUCUAAAAAUUGUUUAAAUACUACUACUACUACUAAUACUACUACUAACAAUACUACUACUACUACUACUACUACUAAUAAUAAUAAUAAUAAUAGUAAUAACCCAUUAACUACAACAAAUUUACGUCAAAUGCGUCUUGGUGUUAGUGUACGUGAAUCUAACUCAUCACGAGCAAGUAAAUUACAUGAAUUAUCACAGAAUACAAUUAAAUUAAAAACAAAUAAUGAUAAAAUAAAUCAUAUCAAUUUAUUAACUGAUACAUCAUAUAUUGCUGAUUCUAUAUAUGGUGGUGUAAUAGUGAAAUGUGUUAUAGAAGGUGGAGCUGCACAUAAAGACGGUCGACUUCAAGUUGGUGAUGAAUUGUUGGAGAUUAAUGGAGUUGUUUUAGUUAAUGCAAACAAUCCAUUAAGUUUAUUACGUUCUGUUCUACGAAAAUUAUCUAAUGCAAAUGUAAAUGACAAUAAAAAUUGUGAUGAUGAUGAUACUAAUAAUAUGACUACAACUCCAACAAGUGUAACAGAUAAAACAACCACAACAAUAACAACAUCAACAACUGCUUAUAGUUCUAUUGAUACUACUGAUACAACUACUAUUACCACUAGUACUACAAGAAAUAUUAAUUCCAUAACACUUUCACCUACUAAGACAAAUGAUCAGAAUACAACUUCUAAGUCUACUUUCGAUAAAAUAGAUUCAAUGGAAAUGUUAGAUAUAGUUCAACCAAAAGUGGUAGAUUUAUUGAUAGCUCGAUUAACAAGGCAUCGAAGAUCUGCAUCUGGGCAUACCCUUGCAUCGAACUCCGAGUUUAGUUCAGAAACUUCAACGUCAAGUACUGUGCUAACUGCUACACCAAAGUUUUUACCACCUGUCAAUAAUAAAACUAGUCCUGAAUCAUCAUGUAUUAGUCAAGAACAAUCUAUAGACCAUCAUCAUGGUAGUCAUCAACAUCACCAACAUCGUCAUCACCAUCAUCAUCAUCGGCAUCAUCGUCAUUUGUCUCAACCACAACAAAAAUGUUACUGUCCAAAUCCUUUGACAACUUUAUCUUCAUUGUCAUCAUCACCUUCAUCAAUUACAACAAAUACUACUGAAAGUGAAACGCAUGUCACUACAAUCAAUGUUAGUGACAUACAAAAUAUGAAUAAUAAUGAUAAAAAUAACGAAACACCGAAAAUUAAAGCAGAAAUACAUUCAGUCAAAGUGGAACAGGAAGAUAAUGCUACCGAUGAUGAUAUUAUCGUUACUACUAAAACGAAUCUUGGAGGUGAUUGUGCCACCUAAAAUGAUUAAACUAUAGUUAUACAGAUUCCUGUAAAAUAAUUAAAAAAGAUAAUCAAUGAAUAUUAGUUUUCUAAACAUACUACUACUUCUAUACAUUAGAGAAUUCAUCAAUAAUGUGAAUUAUUAUUGAAAACUACCUCAAUCUCAUUAACAAAUUGAUAGAAAUGAUUAUUACAUCAUUAUUACUAUUAUUAUCACUACUACUGUUAUUCAGUAGUUUGUUUGUUUUUUCUAGCUGAACUACAAAAACCGCUCAAAUUUACAUUUGUAAACAACGACAAUAUGAACAAUAAUAAUACUAAUAACAAUGUAAUACUACAUUCCCUCUCUUACCUCGUAACAAAACAAACUCUUUCCUAUUAGCUAGUAGGAGAAAGAGAGAGAGAGAGAGAAAGAGUGGGGGAGAGAUCAAGUGGAUGUGUGUGUGAUUGACUGAGUGAGAGAGGGAGAGAGAACGAUUAGUUUAUUCCAUUGUAUAGAAGCCAAAACUAUAUUUUCUAUCCUCAAAAACUAUUUUCUUUCUUUCUUCUUUUUUUUGUGAAUAAUUUAUUUUUCAAGAUAAAGAAGAAAAAGAAAAAGAAAAAGAAAAAGAAAAGAACCCGAAAUUGUUUUGAUUAAUUGUUUUCUAUUUAUUUCUAUAUUAAUUAGUUAUUGUUUAUCAAAAUUUCAUCUCUUGUUUGUUUUUUUUUUAAAAAGAAUUAUAUUUCAUUCUCAUUUUCUAAACAUACCAUUAAAUAGAUACUACUUAUAUUACUCAUUUUUUUAUUAUGAAGAUUUCAAUUGAAUUUUAAUUAUGACACAUAUACAUACAUAAAAUUGAAAUAGUUCAUAAUGAUUUGUACUGGUGGUUGUGAUGGUUGUGAUGGUGGUGGUGGUGGUGGUGAUGGUGGUGACGGUGUAGUAGGGUAAUAGAGUACUAUUUAAGGCUUCGUUCGUUUUUUUUUUAUUUCUUACUUUCAAUUAUUCUUCUCGAAUUAAUAUUAUUGUAUAAAAUGAAUUGAUUUUUUUUCAUGAUUUUCUUCUGCUCUUUAUAAAUCAUUUCUAUUUUAUGAUUUAUUCACAUGAGAAAAAUAUAUUGGUUAGAUCACGAUGAUGAUGAUGAUGACGAUCAUGAUGAUGAUAUGAAAACUUAACAG